UUUUAGUAAUGAGGUAUUCUAUGGAAAAAAAUAAGAAACGACGCGAUCGUUUUCGUUAUAAUCAAAAUGUAAAACAAAGAUGGGUGGAAUCAGGAUGUUGUGGAUUAUUUUUUACGUGUAAUGGGAAUGAAAAGCAAGCAGUACGUGAAGCGUAUAAUGUCAUCGAACAAGCUCUGGAAAUAUGGAAGAAGGAUGGUCAUUCAGAAGAAGAUUCCGAUGAUGAACUUGCUGAAAAAGGGACUAAUUUCGGCAGUGAUCAGGAAGAUGUCGCAGAUUCGGUGAAACGAUUUUGUGAUCAAGCACGAAGCGACAGCAGAAAUGUGAAAAAGCGGAAAAUAUGGCAGCGACCAACUGGUACGAACAAUUGCUUAUUUUUUACUGUGAAAGGUGUAAAUGACAAGAACGUAUAUGAUUUUGUGGAUUAUCUUGUUGAAAUGGUGCUGAAAGAGCGGUGCUGUCGUCUGCUGCAACGGGUAUGGCCGGUGGAAAGAACUUGCCGAGUGGAUAUGGUCGAAUUAGAUAUGGAAGUGAGUCGACUGGUCUCGAGGCAUUUUCAUCCGACUGAAGACGGUAAAUGGCCAACAUACUUGUUCGAUUUUAAGGCGCGAAAUAAUGAUAGCUUGGGAAAGGGUGAUGUUAUGGAUAUGGUACUGCUAGCCCUGAAACAGUUGGCACCGGACAGUCAUGUUUCGCUGGAUAACCCACAUAUUGCCGUACUAGUACAAAUUGUGCACAAAUCCGUAAUGCUGUCAUGCAUCAAACAUUUCCUCGCGCGAAGAAAGCUCAGCUUGCAUCACAAAAAAUGAAUGAAAAUGCAGCAGCGGCAAUAGACAAAUAAAAGAUAAUGUAGAUUAAAACUGCAAAACUAAAGAAUGUGUGGAUUCUGGUGGUUACCAUAACAUUGAAAUGGAUAGCAGCGUAAAUUUGUGCUUAUG